AUGCAGCGUAUUACCUCGUGGUUUUCUAAGAAGACUAUUCAACCACCAAUAACAAUAUCUCGUAAAGAUUUUAUUGAAUCCUUAAUUGUUCAUAAACAGGUAAAAGAAUUCACAUCAUGUUUACAAAAGAAAGAUGAGCGAUCAUGGUGUAUUGAUGGAUAUUUUAAUUUAUUACCAACAAUACUUGAUGAAAAGUAUAUGGCUGAUAUAUUUGAUAUAAUUUCGAAAAACUCACGUGUAACGUCUAAAGAAUUAUCGAAUAUAAUUGUCUCUAAAUUAGUCAAUGCUAUUCAUGAUGUGAAUUUUGAUUUAUUUGAAAAAAUUUUACAUUUACCAUUUCAAUCAUCGAUACAACUUCCUAUACAAACUUAUGAUUUAAUUCGAUUUCUUCAUACAUGUUCAAAUACCGAUCAAUUAAUGCGAUGUUUAUCAGUUUUAAUUGAAAAAAAUCUUCGACAUGAUCCAGAAUAUUUAUCAUGGUUAUUAAUAAUUCUCUUCGAACAUUAUAAAACUGGCGAUGAAAUAGUUAUUGAAUAUUUAUUAAAUAUAAAAAAAGAUAUUAAUAUAUUAUUUACAUGUUACGGAAAUCAUCGUGUUACACCCUUAAUGCUUUUCUUUCAUUUAAAUUCAAAUAAUAAAUGUCAAAUAUUAAUUGAUAAUUAUUUAUCGAAUAUUAAUGAUCAAUCAGUAUUACUUCAAUGUGAUCAAUGGAAUCGUUCAUAUUUAAUGCAUUUAUUAUGUGGUCAAUGUCAACAUGACCCAAUUGGAUAUUCAACAAAAAUUCUAUCGAAUGAUAUAACAGAAAUGGAAAAAGAUUUAAUCGAUCAAUGUCCACAUGCUUCAGAUAUUCUUUCGAAAUUUUCAAUGCUUCAUAAAUUAGGUAAUAAAUGUGAUACACCUGUUAAGACAAUACUUAAAUCACUUUAUUGUCUUCCACUUCGAAUUAUUCUACUAAAUUAUUUAAGAAAAAAUGAUCCGUUAUUUGAGAUGAAUUUUGAAGAAUUAUUUAGUUAUUUCCCUUCGAAUUCGAUCCCAACAUAUUCUAAUUAUCUUAAACAAUUAACUCAUAAUCAUAAUUUAAAUCAUGCACUUACCUCUGUCAUUGUCAAUCAAACAUGUAAUCUUCAUUCUAUGGAACAUACAUUUACAUUUCUUGUGCGAGAAGGUGCUCGUAUAGAAAAUAUGAAUAAGGUACAGUUUGGAAUCAGUAAUUUACUUAGACACUACCCUUCAAAAAUUCCAUUUAUACUACUUGAUUAUGGUAUGUAUAUAGAUCUACCUUUUGAUCAAUCGAUAAAUCAACUUAAUCCAAGAAUAAUUUUAUACAUAUGUCGAGUUAUUCAAUGCGGAUAUCCAAGUGAAUUUCGAACGCAAUUUGAUUUAUUUAAAAGUCGUCUAGAUUCACAAACAGUAGAAUUAAUCAAGACAUUUAUUGAUAUAAAAAAUCCACAAAAAUUAAAAAAUUUAUGUUAUCAAAAAUUGAGAGGUUCAUUAAUACAUCUAGGAGAUGAUACACAAGAAAAACUAAAAGAUCAUCUAUCCGAUCGAUUACGACGAUGGAUAACACUAUAUGGAUAUAACGAAUGUUCAGUAUAUUACCGAACGGUCAUGCAUUAA